CUGAGACUUGAGACUUCAGUCAAAGCAGUUGACAAAGCUCAACACUUUUUUUUGUAUUUGUUUAUUAAUUAGAUUAUUUACAGGACUUCUUGCUUAAAGUAAAAUUUUAAUUAACUGUGAUUAAGAGGCUAAUUGUGUCUCUCUGGUGGCCGUUCAUACUCUAAUAGAUUAACUAUGGAUUUUGUCAUGGAGAACCAGGAUAUCAAAAGUCUUGAACAUCCCACCCUUAAAGUACCCUAUGAAAUAUUGAAUAAAAAAUUCCGUGGAGCUCAGAAAAGUAUUGAUCGAGAGGUUUGUCAUGUUCAAAGCUGUGUCAAUAGCUUAGAGAAAGCUGUCCUUGGGCAAGGCUCAAGUGCAGCCACAGUUGGAAGUAUUACUGAUCUUUUAUCGGGUGUUGUUGAGAAACUGACCGUUCUUAAGCGCAAGGCCAAAGAAAGUAUCAUGGAUGAACUAGAUGCUGCUAAGUGUUGUAAACGUCGCUUGGAACAUUUAAAAGAGUAUUGUAAUCCACGAGCCACGGAAACUUCAAUCAAACAAUGGAAAAAACGUCGUUUGGACAGAAUGUUGGUAGAACAUUUUUUACGAUCUGGUUAUUAUGACUCUGCAAUCAAAUUAGCAGUUCAUUCCAAUAUUGAACAUUUAACAAAUAUUGAUUUAUUCCUUGUUUCAAGACAAGUUGAAGAAUCACUUCUUCGUAAAGAGACAGGACAGUGCCUAGCUUGGUGCCACGACAACAAGUCAAAACUUCGCAAAAUCAAAAGUCCGUUAGAGUUUAAUCUACGACAACAAGAAUUCAUUGAAUUUAUCAGACAAAACAAGCGAAUUGAAGCAAUUAAACAUGCACGUAAAUAUUUGAGCUGUGUGGAGGGUGAUCAAAAGAUAGACCUUCAACAUGUUAUGGGACUACUCGCUUUCAGUCCUGAUACUGAAGUUGAACCUUACAGGACAUUAUUUGAAGAAUCACGUUGGUCUAAUUUGGUUGAACAAUUUCGCCAAGCAAAUUUCAAAUUGUACCAACUAAGUCCAACAUCUGUUUUUGCAAUUACUCUCCAGUCAGGUCUUUCGGCGCUCAAGACACCCCAAUGUUAUAGUAAGGAAACGGAAAAGAACCCAGACUGUCCUGUUUGCUCGGAUCUUCUGAACAAGUUGGCCAUGCCCCUUCCUUGCUCACAUUGUUCACAAUCUCGUUUAGUGUGUCACAUCUCUGGUCAACCUUUAAAUGAGCACAAUCAUCCAAUGGUCCUACCAAAUGGAAAUGUUUAUGGAGAACUUUCACUCAAACAAAUGGCCAUAGACAAUGGUGGUAAAAUUAUUUGUCCUCGAAGUAAAGAAGUUUAUGAUCUAAAAGACGCUGAAAAAGUUUAUGUCAUGUAAUCAAAAUAAAAUACAUUGAAUAAAAUGCUAUAAAUAAUGCUAAUUCGCAAAAAAAGUGUUUAUAAAAAUAA